UCAAGUUUGGAUGAGAAAGUGCGGAAAAUACUCGAAGCUUCGGCAUUCAAUCCAGUUUUCGUACACGGUUCUAGAUUAAAAUUGACUUCGUUACAUUUCAAGACAGCUCUCAAUUCCCCAAAGCAAUAUGUCGAUCGUUGUCGUUGAACCGGAGUUGCUGUUCGAAUUCAUCCACUGCAAGAACUGAAGGUCAGUCACGCAGGCCCACGAAACAUUCUGUCUUAGCCCCUCACUUUCACCAAACUUCAACAACCACUCCGUCAUCAAAUCCGAUCAUCAAAAAAAGCUUGAUAACUCGAGGCACCGAAAUCUCGACCGUAAAAAUCUCGGUAAAUCUUCAUAAUACAACAAAGCCAUCAACACAAUGUCGCACCACUGCCACGACGAACACGACGACCACCACCACCACCAUGUGGGCGGGGCAGAGCACGACCACUCUGACGACAUCACCCCCGCCGUGCAGUUCUCGCUGUACCAGCACAUCAACUUCGACGAGAUCACCACGCUGAACGAGCAGGUGCACGGCUCCGGCAAGGCCAUCAUCAAGAAGACGUGGGCCGAACGAUUGGAGACGGAGCCCGAGGUGGUCAGCGAUGCUGAUGAGCAGCUGAUUAUUAACGUUCCUUUCACAGCCCAAAUAAAACUCCACGCCCUCCUCCUGCGCACCUCCCCCUCCCCCUCGGCCCCUCGCACCCUCCGCCUCCUCGCCAACGCCGACAUCCACGAUUUUGCUCAAGCCGAAGACUCUGCCCCGACACAAGAAUUCGAGCUUUCCCAGACCUCGGAAAUCCAAGAACUUCCCGUCAAGCGAGCGAGGUUCAACGCCGUUCAAACCUUGUGUCUUUUCUUCCCGGAUAAUUUUUCUCAGGGGGAGGAGGACGAGACCAGGAUCAGUUAUAUUGGGUUUAAGGGCGAGUGGAUGACGAGGGGACAGGCGCCCAAGAAUAUUGUUUAUGAGGCGGCGGCUAGGCCGAGUGAUCAUAAGGUUAGGGGGGUUGAGGAGGGGAGGGGGGUGGGGAGUACCCAGGGGCAGUGAGGAAGUGAGUGAGGACUGGAGUGAGGAGUGAGGAGUGAGGAGGGGAGUGAAGGAAGGGGUUGAGACUUGAGAGCGGCGGGGUUGAUGGAGGAGUUUGGUAAUGGGUUUGGACGUGGAGUUUGCUGACGGAGUGGGUUCUGCUGCUUUGAGGGAUGAAUGACCUUCGUAGUCUUGAGCACAAAUUAAUAUACCUUGGACUCGAAU